UCUUAUCAUAGAGAGAACUUCUUGCCGUCUUUAAUGAUUUCGCCGUUGAAAUAACCACAAAACCUGUCAGCCUCCUCCUGGUGGAAGCAGCUCAGUUCGGUGAUUCAAUGACGACGACGACGACGGUGACCGUCAAGCUUUCUCGUUCAAAUCGUAUCUAUCGCUCUUCAGCUUUCAAUUUUACCCAGGAACCAGUGGAAGGAAAAAUCGUGAUAAAAUCUCCCAGCUCGAUCUCUCACCAAGCGAUACGUUUAUCAGUCAAUGGAUCAGUCAAUUUGCAGGUGCGUGGAGGAUCAGCUGGAGUUAUAGAGUCUUUCUAUGGCGUCAUCAAACCCAUUCAGAUCGUAAAGAAGACGAUCCAAGUCAGAUCUUCUGGGAGAAUCCCUCCCGGAACUACAGAGAUACCGUUCUCUGUGAAUCUGAGGGAGCCUGGGGAAAGCAUUGCAGAAAAGUUCUAUGAGACGUUUCAUGGAACUAAUAUUAACAUCCAAUAUCUACUUACUGCAGACAUACCGCGAGGAUACUUGCAUAAACCUUUAUCUGCAACAAUGGAGUUUAUAAUCGAGAGCGGUAGAGUUGAUCUUCCUGAGAGGCCGCUUCCUCCAGAAAUGGUCGUCUUCUACAUCACUCAAGACACUCAGAGACAUCCGUUACUUCCCGAGAUUAAGACAGGUGGUUUCCGAGUUACCGGAAAAUUAGCGACUCAAUGCUCUUUGCAGGAUCCACUUGGUGGCGAGUUAACAGUGGAAGCAUCUUCAGUUCCUAUUACUUCUAUCGAUAUUCACCUACUCCGCGUUGAGUCGAUAAUUGUGGGGGAGAGAAUUGUUACUGAGACCUCUUUGAUUCAGUCUACACAGAUUGCAGAUGGAGAUGUCUGCCGUAAGAUGACACUACCAAUUUACGUUCUACUUCCUCGGCUUCUGAUGUGUCCAUCCAUUUUCGCAGGCCCCUUCUCAGUGGAGUUCAAGGUAUGCAUCACCAUCAGUUUCAAGUCGAAGCUAGCCAAAGCACAACCAAAAUCUGAUCCUACGGCUCCAAGACUAUGGAUGGCUCUGGAGAGACUACCGCUAGAACUUGUCCGGACAAAGCGAGAUCAGUUCAGUUGCUAGUGAACUGUAUCCACGUGGUUCACUUCGUCUCCGCUUGCUCUGCCUGCGUAAUUUAAGCAGUUUGAACAUUCAUGUCUGCGUGUAAAUACCAUUUAUUUCGAUUUUAUUCCUCCGGCCAAAAUA